AUGGGCAAGAAAAAUGGGGGAGAUAUUCCUGAAGCAUUUGAUCACAAAUCGCCACAUAGAGACAGGCGUUAUCUGACUCCUUAUCCUAUACCUCCUUUACAUACCAACAUAGUAAAAGCAACCUCCAAUCGGAUCGGGUUUGUUUUUCCCAUGCAAUUUUCUCACGUUCUUUGCAGACAGGACCGGAUUCGGCGCAAUUCUUUUACACGCGAAGGACUUAUGGAACUCUUUGUAAACAAUGGUGGACAAUUCCGACCCUCGUUAAUGGCGACAGAUGAAAAAAGUGCACUUUCCGAUUUUCCAAAUCUUCUUCCUAUAGGUCAAUUUAAGAAAACCUAUAUUAAAGACGUAGAUAUACCGGUUUCCAAGCAAAAGCUUAUAGAAGAUCUGGAUAAAUGGGAUACCUUCUUUAGAUCUGCUCCUACAAUAAGUCAGCAGAUUACGCCAGAGGAAAACUCCCAUUUACAGAGUGCAAUAAAUUACUUUGGCUUAGAAUUAGGAGAUUACAUUAUAAAAAAUAGAAUUGAUCCCAAAUACAUAAUUAAAUUCAUUAACGAUCAUGAUAUUGUUCACCAUCCCAAAAUUCUCAGCUAUAUCAAGAGGCCUGCUCACAGAAGGAAACGACAGACAGCAGAUAUCAACACACCUUAUUGUCAAUACAGAGGUAACAAAACAGAUGCUGGUUUUAUAAAUUUCUGUACUUCAUGUAUGACUACAACAGAUUUGGGAAAGGAGAAGUUUCCACGCUACAUUAACGAAAUUGUGUGCAACGUGGAGCCAUGCUUAACAGUGAACCAAAAUCCGCAUGGAGCUUGUCAGGAAAACAUUUUACAUUUAACGUUUCUUCGCCGUGCUCCCACUGGCUGCGUCAUGAUCAUCCAGGACACUUCGUUUGGCCAGAGGAAGGUGCUGGCAGAUUUGUGGGAAACUUACACUCAGCGUAUCAGAGUUGGGUGUAGCUGCAAGCUUGACAAACGAUCUCGACUAAAACAAACAUUUGGUUUUGGAAAAUAAUGACAAA